AGUGCAAAUAAGACUGUGUGACCUUCUGUCAAGAGCCUCCGUUCUUCAGAAGCUCAUUAAGGGCCUCUGGGGGACAAGGCAUCAAUUGGCAGAAUCCUCCAGGUUCCUCUCAACCCUUCUUAAAGCUGGACUAACAGGAGGAAUAGAUGCAAUUUAAAAGCAGAGGUGCUAUGAAAGAUGUGGCGCUGUGAAGAGGUGUGGGUGACUUAUUAAAACCGCAGGAAAAGGCCAUUGGACUGCAGCCAAGUAGGAUCUAACCCUGUAGAGAGCUGAAGGGAUAUGGAGAAGGUUGGAUGCACUUGUGUUUGGUGACCCAUUUAAAGACUUGACUGGAGUCUGAUUUCCCCCUGAAAGGGAGACAAACUAAAUAGACUUCCCUGCGCAUUGACAGCUGUAGACUGGCCAUGGACGUUCACGAAUCCAUGUUGAUAAAUUUUGUCAAUGAUAUGAACCUGAUCGGGUUCUCUCAGAAAUUAGGACCAGAAGAGGAGCAGGUGUUCAUCGCUCCCUGCUGCACAAACAACCAGACGCGGAUCAACGGCUCCUCUUGGAGCAGAGCCCCGCAGGACAGAGUGCGUCUCGACCAUCCGAUGAGCGGAUCAUCCAGGUGCUGCAGCAGCAGGUCCAAACGGAGGAGGAUCAUCACCGGCGUCCAGCGCCAGGCGGCCAACGUGCGGGAGAGAAAGAGGAUGUUCAGCCUGAAUGAAGCGUUUGAUGAGCUGAGGAGAAAGGUUCCGACCUUUGCGUACGAGAAGAGACUGUCCCGGAUCGAAACCCUGCGCCUGGCUAUCGUCUACAUCUCAUUCAUGAUGGACCUGCUGGAGAACACCUGAGACAGUUAUGUGACAGCUGCUUUUU